UCUCGAUUUAGUAAACAAGAGUUUGUUAAUAUAUUAAAUUUCGUUAACACUAUAAUAAAAAAAACUUAACGAUGGCUGAAGCUGAUACCAAUAAACCUCAACUUAUACGUGAUCCGAAUUUCGCGAAAAAUCGUAUAUUUUUGGGAAAUCUACCAUCAUGUACCAAAGAAGAAUUGGAGAGUAUUUGCCACCCUUAUGGAAAGGUACUGGGCAGUUUAGUGCAAAAAAAUUUUGGUUUUGUUCAAUUUGAGUCUGAAGAAAUUGCCAAUAAAGUUGCAUUUUCACUUACGAAAUCAACAUUUAAAGGUAAUGUCAUUACGGUUCGUAACGCCGGCGCCAAGAAAGUACAACCAGCAAAUGCACAAACGGCGGCAUCAGCGGUUCGAUAUGAGGACAAUAAAGUACAGCAUCCGGAUUAUAACGAUUGUGAAAUCAUUGUUGUUGAUCGUCGUAACACAAAAUAUGCCGAAUAUAUUGAAGACCGUUUGAAACGUAUGCAACUUCGGGUUGAUGUUCUGUAUCCUAACGAAGAUGUUCCACUUGGUAAGGUUCUAGCAAAUAUAUCUUCCCGUGGUUGCCUUUAUGCAAUUUUGGUGACAAAUCAGCAUGAAGAACAUAAUAGCAUUACUGUUAAUAUACUGUAUGGACAACCCGCUGAACACCGCAACAUGCCGGUGGAUGAUGCAUUGAAACUAAUUGGGAAAGAUUUUCAAAACAAAAUGGCUGUCGAGUCAUCGAAACGAUUAAACUCAAGUCACCUUCCUCAGCCUGUACCUAUUAUACCUGCUACUAAUGUAAUCGCUCCACCACUGAAAGAUAGACAUCCAGAAUCUAUACAAAUUUUGUUAAAUUUGCUCGCAGAUAAUUUGCCACUUACUGGUCUGCAAUAUGAACGUAUUAUAAAAUAUCUAAAUGAAAGACGAACCUUACAAUUGAAAGCUGAACUAGGCGAGACCGUGGAAUCAAUUCCUGAUCCAGAAAUUGAACUCCAAAAAAAGAUUUUAGAUAUAUUAAAUAAACCAUCGGUUGCCGAGACGCACUAUGAACUUCUCUAUCCUACAUUACAAUCUAUAAAAGACGAUUUCCGUGUAAUGGAAUUACUAAAGGAUGAAAGAGUACAAAAGGCACUUGAUUCCUUAAUGGAUUCUAGUUUAGUUGGUACUAUAGAAACGCACAUGAAGUUUUAGGUUAAUAAGAUGAUAAUAAAGUAGAACUGUAUAACUAUA